AAUUCAGCACUGCGGGUGGUGAUUUUAGCGCUGCCUCUCGCUCUGUCAGAAUAAGGAAAUACCUCCGAGAAACCAGCUGCAAGCACUGACAAGUUACCACAUUAUGCUGAUACACGUUACCUUCCGUGCCUCCGACGUAAGUGGACAGUUCAAGACGGCAUCACAACACGAAGAAGCAUUUGUCUGUAGUUAACUGGACUAAAAGGAGUUGCAGCCUGGCUUUUCAAAACUUUUCAAAACAUGGCUAAAAGGAGAAGAGGACAGAAUGAUGAGUUCAGCUUUGUCAGUCCCGUGGUGAAAUACGUCCUUUUCUUUUUCAACUUAUUAUUUUGGGUGAUUGCACUGCUUCUGGUGUCCAUUGGUGUUUAUGCUCGAGUGACCAAACAUGGCGAGGCUGUCACAGCCUGCCUGACAGUGGACCCGUCCGUCCUGCUGGUGGUGGUGGGAGUGCUCAUGUUCCUCAUCACCUUCUGUGGCUGCGUGGGAUCCCUCAGGGAAAACAUCUGCCUUCUGCAAACAUUCUGCGUCUGUCUGAAUAUCAUCUUCCUGCUGCAACUGGCGGCCGGCAUUUUGGGCUUCGUCUUCUCUGAUAAGGCACGUCACAAAGUGAAUGAAGUUAUAAACAAAGCCAUCAUCCAUUACAGGGAAGACCUGGAUUUACAAAAUCUGCUGGAUUUUGGUCAGAGAGAGUUUGGCUGCUGUGGAGCUGUGUCCUACAAGGACUGGUCCAUGAACAUGUACUUCAACUGCAGUCAAACUCGCAGCCAGGAGGGCUGUGGAGUGCCCUACUCCUGUUGCCUCAUCUCCAAAAACGAGACCGUUAUCAACACCAUGUGUGGUUACGGGAUGCAGAACCACGAUCACGAGGAGGCAGGGCUGUACAUCUACACCAGCGGCUGCCUGGACAAGCUGGUCAACUGGAUCCACAGCAACCUCUUCAUCCUGGGGGCCGUAGCACUGGGCUUGGCCAUCCCUCAGCUCGUAGGCAUCUUCCUGUCCCAGCAGCUGAUCAACCAGAUCAAGGACCAGAUCAAACUCCAGCAGUAUAACGUGCAGCACCGCUCUGAUCCCUGGAACUGAUCUGACACCUGGUUCCAAGUUACUGAUCUGACACCUGGUUCCAAGUUACUGAUCUGACACCUGGUUCCAAGUUACUGAUCUGACACCUGGUUCCAAGUCACUGAUCUUGUUCCAAAUUCCACCGCUCCCAUCCCUGGUGCUGACCCAACACCUGGAUCCAAGUUUCUGAUUUGAUACCUGGUUCCAAGUUCCACUACAUCGCAACGAUGUUGUUGAGAAACGUACCCCAGGUUCCAACGUCCACUACUCCGAUUCCUGGCAGGGAGCCGAUUCCAGGUUCUGCCGAUCCAAUCCGACAGUGAUUCCGUUUUGGGUUUCACCACUCCGAUGUCUGACAAUGGUCCAGUUCCAGGUUCCACCACACUCCGAUCUCUGGCAGUAAUGAACAAGUUCCUCCGCUUCACCUUAUGGUGCUGCUAAGCUGUCUGAGACUACUGUGGGACAAAGGCCCUGGUGAAAAAUAAACUCACAUUCUCAAAUAACGUUUUUACAGUUUUAUUACACUGAAAAGAUGUCCGAGAUGGACACAACUUCGACAAUAAGACAAAGCACAUGGCACGCUAGCCAAUCAAAGCUGGAGUCUUCAUAGUCCUGAUGACAAUGAGAUAUUGCACAAUGAAUUUUAAAAGCUUCUCAAUACUGAAGACUCUCUAUCACAGCUAAUGGGGUUAUGCUCACUACUGAAACAGUGAUGCCACGGAUGAUAUGCUACCAUGUUAUGCUGGCUACACAUGGACAAUUCUCAGUGUGUGUGUGCACAUGUCUAUGUGUUAUUUUGUCUUAUUAUUUUGUUCUGGGUUUUUCCAUGCAGGACGAAUCUCUUGUUACAACAUUUGUUUUUUUUACAGCUGAAAAAAAAGAACGUUAAAAGGCGGCAUGUGGAGUGGACUGAUGAUUUUAAUGAGCUGCUUUGUCUUAAUGUGGUUUGCGAGCACCAGACUGGGUGAAACUCCAUGGAGCCCAAAGAUCAGAUGAAUCAGAUGAUAAAUGAUGUGCCAGUGUCUUAGUAGUGCAAUUUAAAAUGACCCCUUAAUGCAAAAAUAAUGAGCACUUUUCAUGAUUUCUUCUGAGGUCUGGAAACAGGCACAGUUUAUCAAUUAUCAAGGAUGUUUAUGUAUGCACUGUACUAGUGUACAUAUGCAAUGUUGUAUUCAUAUGAAAUGUAAUGUAGACCUUACAGUUUGUAGACCUUGUUUCUAUUUGUAUGUUGAGUCUUUGUGCUAAAGAGAUGCAUUGUUACACAAAUUGCCACGUUUAUGAUUUUAAGAUAUGUAAUAUGUAAGAUAUAUUUUUACCCAUUAAUAUUAAUUUCUUCUGUAUUUUACAUUUGACCACAUAGUUUGUGGUUGUACUGUAUGAGCUACAUAUGUAGUUGUUUUAUUCAUCAUAAACAUGUUUUAUUUUAUUCAUCAUGUUCAUUACGUUCAUAUUCACCAUUCAACGUGUUUUUAAAACUUAUAUGAUAUUUUGCUGUUGUUAAAUAAAUGUUUUGUACUUAAUUGCCCAAUAUCUUGUUAAUGAAAUUGUAAUUUAAUUCUUCAGGAAAAAAACGGUAGAAUACCUUGCACUUACAUACAUGGACCAGUGUGCCAGUCAAUCUUUGUCUUCCCAUCCUUUCCUGUGGCCUCUGUGUCACCCCCGUCUGCAUGGAGGAAACUACAGUACACAGUUCCCACACUAUCAAUCAGUGCAGAGCAACAUUUUGGGGGGCUUCCCCCAUUCAACAUCCCCGAUUGCAAAUGAAAGAAUGUGACCUUGUGAAUUGGUGAAUUUGACAUUUGUUUUUGCAUGAUAUUGAAUAAAAACUCGUCAUGGAUGGCAUCAAGACACACAUCACAAAGCCAUAUGCCAUAGGAAAAGGAUGGGAGCACAAAGGUGGACUUGCACACAGUAUGACCAGCUGUUGCUGCAGAAGUGAAACCUUGAGAUCUAGCAGAGGAUGCACUUGCACUCGAUUCAGCUCAACCACAGCAGAGCAGACAUGAAUGUGUCACCUCUGCACCUCCUACGUCAUCUUGACGGCUAUUGACAUCCUGUCACAACAUCACAUGAAACCAUUGUCUACAGAUAAUUGGGACUAGAAGGUGACAGAGAGACACUUGUAGUAAGGUCGCCUGGGUUUUUAAAACUUUCUUUAAACAUGAGUAGCAGCUAUGUCAACCCCUGGGUGAAAUACACCCUCUUUUGUUUCAACUUCUUAGGCUGGGUAAGGACAUUACUCUUGCAUCAUGAACUGUUCAAUGCUCUACUGUAGUUACAUUAUCCAUGGUGGAUGACGUAAAUUCAUGUUUUCUCAUAACAGCUGCACUUGUCUUUUUAAAAACGUUCAAAUUCAGGCAUGUUUGACUUCUCCAUUUACAUACGUACAGUAUGUGGCUUGGCUUUUACUAUGACUGUUGCUAAGCACCAAGUUUCAUUUCUUCUUGAUAAUGAUCAUUGUGUAACUGGUUUUGACGGUGUGCGCUCCGUUCUCUCUUUGUUCUAUCUUUUACACAGAUGGCACUUAAAAGAGAGACGUUAGAUUACUUUUUUGAGUGCAUUUCGUGUUAACUUGAUUUUCAAGUCAUCACAUUGUUAGUCUGCCCGUGACUGUGUCAGCACAUAUGAGAUGACAGGAAGUUUUUGUUUUUUGUUUACCAAUACUUACAUAGGCCUAUGAGUUUUGGUCUGGGCCCUCUUGAUAUUUCUUCUCUUUUUGAAAUAUUUGGUUUAUGGAUGGAAUCACUA